AUGCAUCUUGCAAAAGAAUGUGAAGGUGAAAGUAUUGAUGAUAAAAUAAGAAGCAAAUAUCUUGAAAUUGUGGUUCAGAGACAACUAUUAAAAGAAAAAAUUAGUUCAAAAAAUCAAUCAAAAAAACAGAAAAUAAGUAUUAAUAAUUAUUGGAAAAAUGAAAAUCAAUUUUUGGCAAGUUCUAAGAAGGAAGCAAUUGAUCGUACAAUUAUUAAAGCCUUUGCUAUGUUGAUUAAAAUUAAUUGGGAGACUGGGAAAUACUUAAAAACUGCUGAUAACUUGACACUUGGAUUAGAUAGUUGGACAAAUUCUUAG